AAAUGAGGGAUCAAAUGGCCUUUGCAACUAAUUGAAAGGCGGAUCACUUGCUCUUAGGAGAGUCUCAUCUAAGGCAUAUAUCCAUAGUUGUGCCCCAGUCAUAAGUCAUAUCACAUUUUAAAACGUUACCAUCACUCCUUUUACUUAACAACAGUUAAUCAUUUGCUUUUUCCCCAGGUAAGGUGAGACCCAAAUGUGUCCUUUAUAAACAGGUCUUCUGGCACAUUCUCAAUUUCCAUACUACUUCAAGAUGAUACACGCAGUGUUUCAAUUAAAAAUAAUUAAUGGUAACGACAUGCAAAACUUAGCUUCUUUAAAGAGGAGUCAAGACUUUUAAGAAGACAACAGUGACAUCAUUUUACCUUUCAAAUAUUUUGGCAGAUUUUGUAGAGGUUUACUUGACAUGUCGUAGGCUAUAGUUUGAUACAGAAACACAUAAUCUAUAGAAGUAGCAAGCCACCUCUUUAUAGCUGUUUCCUAGAGACUAAGUCACUGAGUCCAAAUAGAUUAAUUCCUCAGUGCCCCAUCAUCUGAGUUAGUGCUAGAGUUCCUGUUAAUCUGCAUUCUUUUCCUCCAGGUCACGGGCUGCUUGUUUAUUAUACACUAAAUGCAGGCGAUAGAUGCAGAAAUCUUAGAGCUAAUGAGUAAGGUGGAUUUCUGUUACUUAGCAAAGUUCCUUCAUGUUGCCUAGAUAACAACUCUCACGUUAGCAUACCCCAGCAUAUAAGGUGUUUCAAUGAAAAGGAAAAUGAAUUCAUUCAUCCUGGCAUUUUGAUAUAGUUGGCAUUCGGAAUCACCAUAAGGGAGGGGCUGGAGUGAUGGCUCACUGACUAAGAGCACUGGCUGUUCUUGCCGAGGAUCUGAGAUCUGUUCCCAGUAACCACCUGGUGGCUCACAACCAUCCAAUGACACGCAUGGCUUGGUGGUGCACAGGCAUACAUACAGGCAAACAGUCACAAACAAAAAGAUAAAUAAAUGUAAUAGUAAUUUAAAACACCGUGAUAGGAAUUAACCUAUGCAAGCUAAAAUAGCUCCAUGUCUUUAAAGUACAGCAUGGAACAUUAAUCUCUAAAGGGUUUUCUUCCUCUCGCUAUAAAUAAAUUAUCUUUUCACUAGUAGAUUAGGUGGUCCAGAAAUCAUUCACACACCCAGCACCUGAAGGUACCUUCAGAAGAUUUCCUCAAUGUUACAAUGAUUUAGAAAACUCUAGAAAAAUCUAGAUAAGGACCACUGAAUUUAAAGAAGGGACAGGUUAACUCAUUGGCACUCAAAGGUUAGUCUUGAUCCUUUAAUUUUUUUAUUUGCCUGCAAUGAGCUUAACUGGAAAAUAAUAAAGACAGCCAAAGGAUUCCUAUGUCUCUAAAAGCACAGACAAAAUUCUCACAGGAUAUUCUAGCAUUUAUUUGUGGGAAAACACAGCGAAUGGCGUCCCUGGCUGGAGAAGAGUAAUGUCAGUAGGAAUUCCAGUCUUGCUGCGAUGAUGACGUAAUGACGUCAUCAUUCGAGAAGAAAACAAGUAUGAGCAGGUCCAAGUAUGCAGCAGAUUUAAAACCUCCACAGCACCUACGUCAGCAACACACUGCCUCUCUAAAACAAGUAGUGAGCUGAGUGUUAAGUGAUUUCUGUAGUCGGGAAAUGGUGCACAUUGGUUUAUUUAUUUACUUGAAAACACGUCUAUGCGGUGUAUCAUUAGAUCACGACUCCUUAAGCCAGCGUGGUACAAAGUCAAAAUUGACGUUGAAUCCCCCCCUCAAUGAAUCGUGAGGAUUCCACGGGGGGAUGUCUGAGCCAACACCCUCCUCACAUUGUGUUGCUUCACGUGUUAGUUUUUUAUUUAUUAUAAAUGUGUUUGGCUGUCUCUCAGUCAGCAGAAUUUUCUGGAAGCCAGGAUCUCCACAGCAAAGGGUUGAUCUAAUUUCCCAAUCCUGGCUUUCAUAUAAUCAUUAAGAAUGUUCUGGAAACAUCCAGCAAUGCAGUACUGACCAAGCCUCAGAAGCGUGCUGUAAAAAUCGUUGCUUGCCCCAGAAUGUCAUAUGUGUCGUAAGGAGCUGCAUGUUUAGUCUCAGGGUUGUUGCUGUCUCCUAGAUCUAAAAAUAAUUUCCGGUUAGGAACUCCCUUCAGCAUCAGGAGGCCAGAGAGCAGAAAUGAUGUGCCAGUUCGAGAGUCACAACACUUCUAGGCUUAGUGAGAUGAGUCAGCCAGUGAGGGUCUCUGCCUCAGAGACUGACAAUGCUGAGUUCAAUCCCUGGGCCCCACGAGGGAGGAAGGAGAGAACUGACUCCUGACUCCUUCUGAAGGCCACUCACACACAGUAGCUUGGGAGUACUACACUACGUAUACACGCACGCAGAGCUCAGGAUGGAAACUAGGGUCAGAACCAGCGGAGAGGAUGUGUACCCAGGGAGGCUAGGACCUCAUGUGACAAGAGCAAGAAACAAGUUAGGAGAGAGGAAGGAAUGCUCUCCCCAGGAAGUGUCUGACCACCUCUCUCUGAUUCUGGGAACAGAAUUUGCAUUGUGAUCAGAAGUUCGGUGAAACAAAACCUGCCUUUCUCGCACCAGCAAACCUCAGUUCUCCACCUUCUGACCUCCACAAGUACAGAGCUGCUCGCUCACCCGAGUUAGUAUUUGGUCUAAAUGUCUGGCUUCUUCCCCACAGUAAGUAACUCACCCUGGGAUCCCACCUCAGGAAACCUAUGCAGUAGCACCCUGAUCUUAACAAUCUGCUAGUUAUGUCACUGGUAAUCUAGUUAACUACUUCCGAUCUCCAUUUAGAAGGUGAGAUUGACCUUCCAGCAUUAACAAUCCCGGACAGGAAUCGUCAUCCUCUAAAAAUGACGUCUUGGGGGUUGGGGAUUUAGCUCAGUUGUAGAGCGAUUGCCUAGGAAGUGCAAGGCCCUGGGUUAGGUCCCCAGCUCCUUUCCCACAGAAGGGUGAGACACUGCUUAAAUUAGUUACGUAAAUAAAACACAGAUCUCUUAGCCGUUUUAUUUUACGUUAUUUUUAAUGGGUAUAGUUGCCUCGCCUGUAAGUAUGUCUCUGGAGGACAUGCAUGCCUGGUGCUUGCAGAGGUCAGAAGACGGUCUGUCACAUCCCCUGGAUCUGUGAGCUUCCACAUGGGAACUGGGAAUCGGAAUCGGACGGACCCAGGUCCUUCAGGACAGCAACCAGAGCUCUCAAUCUAACAACACACUUCCCUUUAGGAAAAAAAACAAACAAAAACCAACAGCAGCAGCAGCAGCAAAACCAAACCAAAAGACAACAACAGCAGCAGCCGCAUCAGCAACAACAACAACGACAAAAGCUUAAAAGAAGGCUAGGGUCCAGUGCUUUCCAUUAAGAACAAAUACUGGCUUUUUUCCCUUUUUUUCUUUUUUCUCUAAAUUUUUUUUAUUUUUCAGACUGGGUCUUGGUAUGUGUCGCAGGCCAGCCUAGAAUUCACGAUCCUCAUGACUUCCAGAUGCUGACAUUGUAAACAGGCCACUGUGCCCAACUGCCAAAUAUAAAUGACAGUUUCGGUGCUCAAAAUCAAUGAGCAGCUUAAUUCUUCCUGUCCAUUUAGGACUCACCAGAGGCCAAGGUGGUGGCUGAAUUUCAGGGGUGCUGAUUGGAAAGGAAGCCCAGUACUCCCUAAGGCCCCAUCUUCUAUCAGUUCCUAAGGGAAGGAAUGUCUCCAAACCUAUUAUUGGUUCGGGACAUUGUCCUUGUCUAUUUCUACCAUCUCAGACAGACAGCACAAUUUUCAAAUCUUUGAACAGGUUACAGUCAGAAUAGCUCCAAGAAGGAAUAACUUUGCAGGAGCCAGGUAGGGGGAGCCACUCAACAAGAGUUCAGAUGGCACAGGAGAUUAAAAAAAAAUAGAUAAAUAAAACAGUUUUCUAACCUAGGACAAAGAGCGUAGAGUUUGGGGGUUUCCAAGAAGCUCCUGGUUUUCUCCCAGACUCCAGCUUCCUGUUUCUCACACUCAUUCGGGCGGAGCAGCAGAGCUGGCCCCUGAUCCUGAAGUGUCUGCUGAUAAUUUUGUUCGGUGAGUCAGCACCGUGGCUGAGUACAGCCUGAGGAGGAAGGGCACUGCUGUCAUGAUGAGGGUUCCCACUUACUUCCCCUAGCAGGAAACAGAGAACCACAAGAGGUCCUCAGUAUAGAAGAAUGUGGGCCGCACUGAGUGGUAAAUGCAUCCGAUAAUGGCAUUGAGUUUUCUAUUGUAAUUUGAAUAUUUUACUUCUUUUUUUCUUUUUCUGGGAGAAAUAACACCAUCAGUUUUAGCCAAUGAAAGUUCUCAGAGGUCUAGUGGCCUGCUCACAAACCUUACGUUUUACAAGAUUUGCUGGGAAACAAAUAAAAGAAUUACAUGUUUACGUCGAUGCGUACGAAAGUGUGUGUGUGUGUGUGUGUGUGUGUGUGUGUGUGUGUGUUAAAAUCAACACAACACACUUGAAAAGUUCACUCCCUUACAUAUUUCUUCAGUGGUUUCAGACUAGUAUAGUGAUUGUGGUAGUUAUUUAAGCAAAGUUUACUAAGUUAACAUUAUUAAUAGUAUUAUUUGUUAUUAUUGAUUGGAGCUCAUGUGCAGAGUUUCUACUCAGUCCUACAUUAAGUUUUAUUUCUAUUUCCUUCAUGGGAUCUCAGUUCACACACAUAUGACAGCUGCCUUUCUGAAAAACAAAAACAAAAGCAAAGAGAUGCCCUGAAAUAUAACACCGUAACCGCGUUCUAGACUUCCCUUUUGCUUCAAACAAGUUCCUUUUCCUAUUUCAGGAAGCAGGUGGGAAUUCUGAGGCAAUCAAAGCCCCUUUCUUGCCAGCCUUCAUCAACCUAAUGAUUACCUGCAUGGGAAGAAGUUAUAGUUCAUACUCCGUCAGCAAAGUGUUGGGAGGCGAUGAGGCAAAAGCCAGCAUACGGGUUGGAAUUCUUGGCUCGAGGUGCUGGGGACAUCUGACCUUUCCGGGAUCUGGGCUCAUGAAGGGAUUAGGUCUGACUUGGCAGGGAAGGGUCAAUCCAAGGACUAAGCAACUGGGUAACCAGGUAGGAAGGCAGACUCAGAGGGAGAGCGCAGAGAGCUCUAGCCCGCCAGGGCUUCCUCAGGCAAACCCACUUUCCCUAAACUAGAGAAAAGUUGAUAUCUCCCUGUCCCUUCAGAAGAUGAUAGUUAACCUGGAUCAAAUGCCAAGGGAUGUAAUUCUCUCUAGGCCACUGAUGACUGAUUUACUCUCAGCUGUAAGGGUGAUUUUGAGAUAGAUAAAUAUAUAGGUGACAGAUAGAUACAUCUGUGAGAGAUGGUUACACAGAUACAUAGAUGAUAGAUAUAAAUGAUUGCAUAGAUUUUCAUAUAAUACACACACAUACACACACUCGUAAACACACUCAUAUACACACACAUACACUCACAUACACACACACACAUAAUUAUACUGUAUGUUGUUCUAAAAGAGACAUGGGAAAAAUGGACCCAUAAAAAUUAUCUGACUGUUCUUAAUAGCUAAGAGCUCGCUGUCUGUGCUUAACGGGAAUUAGAUGCGGUUCUGUAGGGAGCCCUUAGUUCCCAGGGAGUGGUUUAAUCUGCAGGUUACCUGCCAAGCACUACAGUUGCAUCAGAUAAUUGCAUGGUAUUUUAUAUAACGUGUAUGGACAUUCCUUCUUUUGUGUUUGUGUGUAAUGUAUUCCCACAUGUGUGUACUGAUACAUGGUGAAGUAGAGGCUGACGUUAGGAUGUCUUAUUUUUGGAGGGCAGGGUCCUCUCUCUCCCUCUGCCCCCUCCUCCGUCUUCCUCCUCCUCUCCCUCCCCUCCCAGUCCCUCCCGCUUACCCCCUCAUUGAGCCUGUCCCUCCCAGAUUCAACUAGACUGGCUGGCCAUCCAGCUGCCGAAACCUCCCAGUCCGUCUAAUCCCGGAGAAAAUGUGGUUACAGGCCCAUGUCAGCGCAUGCGCGCGCAGCUUUUUACUGGCAUCCGAGGACCUCGGACUUAUCUCACCGUAUCUCAUGAAGGUUCUCAUGCCUAUUCAGCAAGUUACCAGCCGAUCCAUUUACCCAGCUACUCCCACACCCCUUUUCCUUUAUUUAAAUACAGUCAUCUCCAUUGAUAGAAAACUUGCAGGCAAAGGUGCACCUUGCGAAAUGAUUAUCUGAGUAGGACUUUAAGGUGAAGCUUUAUUGACUCCAGGCUCAUUGGAUCAAUGAAAGGUAAUGACCGUGGAUGCUGAAACAAAGCACGCCAAUGCGAGCGUCAGGAUGUCCUCACUAGAAAGGGAAUCUGGGUUUAUUGCCCCAGCUUGGUUCAUGUCCAAGUACCUUAGCCCACAAUAUUACACUGGGGGAGGGGGUAGAAAACUAUUUAAGGAGUUACCUCUAAAGCAGUCCACGAUUUCUAAGGUCUCUUUUAGUUUAUAAUUUCCAUGAUUCAAUGACACACUUGUAAUAAUCGUGGGUCUGUUUUCAUACUGUAUUGUUCAUGAAUUUUUAUUAUAGGUUUUCCCUUUAGGCUUGAGAGCAAGCAUGGGGCUGUGAAAUAGAGUGAUAGUGUAGAGCGGUGCUCUUAGCAAGAUUAUUCAGCAAAGAAACGGGAGGUGAAGUUCCAAGAACCAGACCCAGACUCCACUCUGCAAGGCACGGGUUUAUGCCUUAAGUAUUCUGCACUGGCUUCUUUGUUUCUAAAGUAGACCGAAGUGAGAAUUAACUGACAAAUGUUCUUCCCGGCUAUGGGUUGAAUUUUUUUCCCCUUAUCCUUAUAUUUUCAUGCCUUGCCUGGGUGCUUUCAUCAUGCCUAGCAGAGCCACAACGCACAUGUUAGCCCAGACGCCUAAGAAAAGAGAUAUGGGUAAGGAUGACUCAGAAUUCCCAUCCCACACAGAAUUCCACACAGCCUUUCAUUACCUGCUAACCUGAUUAGUCCAAGGUGAGACCAUGUCUUUUUGCUAAUUUACAAAGGAAGUUACCCAGGCCUCCUCCCAGACUCAUCCUAUGAUAACAAUCUAGUACCCUCUCAGGGGUGACUUUGAUUACUAUCUAAAGAACGAGAAAUCAUCUCAAAUGAGACACAGCCCGCAGAUUUGUAACCCAUGCCAUGGCAAAGAAAGACCCAUGAAUCUAUCUAGCGCAUGUCAUUUGUAAAAUCAAAUCCCAUCUAUUGGAUCUAGCCAGACAAGGGUGCUCUAAAGUAAUUUACAUUUUCCUAAAAUCACAGGAAACAUGGCCUCAUUGUGUUAACUUCGCUGGGCAAGAAGAUGGUCUGAUGUUUUAUGAUGAGAAGUGAUUGCUUGUUUCGCUGGUGAUUGAUUAGAGCUUUGAGUCUAAGCUAGCAUCAACUGGGUUUUUAGCCAGGGUAUGCGCAGCUUGGAGAGACAGCCCUGGCCAUGCAGAUCUGUGUCUGGUGAUGUAUUUUAAUGUGUAUAUAUAUAAAUUAUAUCUAGGCUAUGGAACCAAUAGAAAGCCCAUGAGAUUUAUGGAAGAAUACUGGGGAAGAAGUAAAAGGGAAAGGAAAAGAAGAACUUAUAUAUGUUUUUUUUUCCUGAAGUGAUUAGGGGAGCUACCUGUGGUCAUUUGUAGUGGCAACCACACUUACUUCUGCAUCGACUUGUUCAUUAGUAGUGCUUGUUCUGCUCCAUGGGAAUGGCUUGCCUUUUAUCUUCUGAAUUACCUUGUUCCUCAGACCAAAAAAAAAAAAUUCUUACUAACAUGGAGAACGAAAACCUCUGUAGACUGUUUGCAUUGCUUACUAAGGCCACAUGGACAAAAUUCUCUCUCUCUCUCUCUCUCUCUCUCUCUCUCUCUCUCUCUCUCUCUCUCUGUCUCUCUUUGUCUCUCCAUCUCUCUCUGUCUCUCUGUCUCUGUCUCUGUCUCUCUGUGUCUCUCUCUCUGUGUCUCUCUCUGUCUCUCCAUCUCUGUCUCUGUCUCUGUCUGUCUGUCUGUCUGUCUGUCUGUCUCUCUCUCUCUCUCUCUCUCUCUCUCUGUGUGUGUGUGUGUGUGUGUGUGUGUGUGUGUGUGUGUGUGUGUCUAGUUGAGAUCACACAGUGCUCGUCUUUCUGCUGUGACAUAUUCUCCCCCCCCCUAGGGAAAUAAAAGACUGUUUCAUUCUUUCAAUGAUUUUUCUUUGUGAUAGGAACUAUACUGCAUUAUAUAAUUGUUAAUUUUUCAAAACCUACAAACACUUAUAAGUGGUAUAGUCUAUAAAGGAGAGGUUGAAAAUCCCAGUCAAGGAAGGUUAUGUAAUGGAAUUCUGGGGCGAGGGGAAGGCAUAGGAAGCAGGUAGAGAUGUGUGGUCUUUUCUGGUGGGUGUGGUUGCUGCCGUGGGCAGGUGUACUGUCUUGUCCCACUGCUCCUAGUUUUACCAGCCCUGCUGCCAUGGUUCCCCUGAGGUCAUGGACAGGUAGUCUGGGCUUCUGCUCUUUCCCACCUGCCCAAGUUGGCCAUGGGGAGCUUGGGGUGUCCUUAAUGAGUCUUGCAUAUAAAAGCUUGCAUGUAAUUAGAAACAUAACCUCCACCCGUUUUUUCUUUCUUUUUCUUUUUUUCUUACUCACCAACUAACUGUGAAAAGAAGCCACUAUGUAGCUGCCCUUGCAGAGCCUGUCCAAGGCCACACUUGAUUCCAUUGAGCACCACACAAAAGAGGAGGAAAAAAAACCCUUAAAGAUGGGAGAACCUGGAAGGAUGAUGGGGUGUUGGUUUAUUGUUUUAAAUUUUGUAACAUUUUAGUUUGAGAAUGCUACACACUUACCUGUCCAUAGGUAACUUCUGAAAAAAAAAAAGGCAAUAAAAGGAACUUAGGGAGUGGCCAGAGCCUUUCUUUCGGAAAGGGCUAGCAAUGUAUAUUAUAUAAUUACAAGAAAAAAAAAUAGUGACGAAGGCCAGGGGAAAGGCUCUACAUUUCAAUUUACCCUACAGAUCAACUUGACUUAGGCUGCUGGUUUAUUGGCUUGACAGUUUGUACUUAAGAGCAAACAAAUGCCCACAAAUUUAUAGAAAAAUAUUAACUUUUAGGGGAAAACUAGCAAGUAUUGAAAAUAAAUAUUUUGUAGAUGUGCAUUAAAUAAUGAGUAAAACUGAAAGAAAGACAACCUUUUCAGUUUUUUUCUCCCUAAAGGGUUCUGAAGCUCAAGACUUUCAAGCCCCUGCUGUAAGGUACCAGUUUUUCGUCCUUUAUGGUGAAAAGCAAGUUGCUUAAGUCUGCAGAUGUGCAUUCUUAGCAAUCCCUCCCUCCAGUUGGAGAAAGGGGCCAAACUGUUCACAUCUGGCCUGCCUCCCAGCCCCUGCAGAACUGUUACUAACAGGUAGAGGAACUUGUUUUUAACCCACUGCCAGCAGGUAUGGAUGUAUUUUAUGGACAGUGAGGGUGAAGUUACCUCUUCUGAUUGCCACCUUCUCCCAGCAUUGUCCUCCGGGACACGUAAAUGAGAAUUAGCCAGCCUGGUCCCCUGUAACUACUGUUGGCCCUUGGCACGGUUCUACCAACCAAUCCCUCUAACACCUGGGAUGCGCGUGUGUUUGUGCUGGGCAUCUGAUCUCUGCCUGCCUUUGGCACAGGGUGACCGUUGCUCUGCAGAUGUUCAGGAUCAACGUGGUGCUUCUCUCUCUCUCCCCCUCCAACCCCCAGCAGUCAGUUUCUCAGGCAAAAGGAAGUGGUAAGGCUAAAAGGAGGUACAGCGUGACCCCAAGAUGAAAGUGACGUGUAAAAUGGGUGCAAUAAGCCCGUUCAUCAAGCAUUUGUGAAAGGCAGUGAGCUUUACUAAGAUAUUCUAGCGGGGAAAUUUAGAGGCAGUGAUUAAUUUUUUGCUAAUGAGAUGUUAAAUCUUACUUCAUGACCCAAAGCAAAGGAACAACUCAAAUAAUCUUAUUUAUUUUUUCCUCACUUAGAUAAGCCGGAGCCGUACAGAACUGUAGAAAUAUUUACUAAGGGUAAAGAGGUUUAUUUUUCUCUCGAUACAGGUUAGAAGAUAGGUGGAAAACACAUUGCUUCAUCUUUUUUUGUCUACUUCAGCAUAAGAAUUAGCCAGCUCUACUACGUACGUAUCAACUCAGUAGCAGGUCAGUUUAAUUUCAAAAGAAGCUCUCUUGAAGAGAGAAGAGAAAAAUUAACAAAUCUGCCCAAACUGCUAAACAUAUACAUUUCUAUGUUGAUAGAAACAUGUGCAUAUGUAAAUAUAUAAACCGCAUAGAAAUUAAGGAGCAGGAUUUAUUUACAUACCUGUGUAAAUUUGAGGCCUCAUUCAAUUAUGAACAUACUGAUCUCUGCUACUAUAAGGCCUGUGGUAGAGUGAGCCAGGCUCGAUGAUUUUCUGUUCCUUUUAGAAUUUACUUAUUCCACAGCUAAUGAAUAAUAUCGCAUUAAGCAGAAGGUUAAAGAACAGACUCAGGAAGGGGAGAGAAAUUUCGUGUUUCUCUGGCUCCAAACCCUUAGCCCCAGUGAAGUGGGAAAACACACAGAAGGUAAGGAGUUUCCAAAAUCGGCCUAGGGAUAUGCAUACAUGCAGUUUUUUAUAUUAGGGACCAACUUGAACGCUAUUCCCUGUCUUUUAUGUUUACCGAUGAUCCAGGGUUCAUAUUUGAGCAUCUGCAAGCUAUGCUCUUUCUUAAGCAAGUCCUACUACAAUGGAACCAUAUGUGCUUCCUCAAGUCAUCUCCAGGGGAAACCUCAGACUGUAACACUUUGUCUUCCAUCACACCCAGGAGAGUUGUUGCUCUGAGCAGUUGUUCUCAAACCUGCCCCGGCUUUGGCCAACAGGAAGGAUUUUAUAAAAUACAGAGCAUUCCAUCUCAGCAGGACGGGUGGGACUCAGAUCUGAAUUUCUAACAAGAUCCCGAGCGAUACUAGUGUUAGUGGUCCAUGAAUCCCAAGUUGAGAACCAGUUCUCGAAAACCUAGGCUUUCUUCACAGAGUGCAGUUUGCAUAACCAAUGGACAGCCAUAAUUUCUCGGGCUGAAAAAAAAUUAAAGAAGUAAUAUAAAAUUCUCAGAAACAGACCAGCUUCUGGCCUGGCACGGUAGAUCAUGCCUACAGUCUCAGCAGCACUUAAAAGACACCUUCCAAAGAAGCUAGCGCCCUUCUGAAAUUACUGCAGUAUCUGAAGCCACUGGGGCCCCUAGAAAUGCUUGGAGCAUCAGGGUUUCUCAAGGGUUCUAAGUCCAUUGUCAUCAAAGCUGUAAUUAUGGAAUGUGGACACACAAUUCCUGGGGGCGGGGAGGCAGAUGCAUGCAUUUAUUUUGUGAAAGACAGUGGCUAAGACAUGUACAGUGAUAACUGGGUGAGGUGGGGACCCAUGGCUUCUGUUUGCAGAGGUGGAAACUGAGGCACAGAGGUUGCCUGCUGAGUCCUGGGUGCCAGCUCAAGAAGGAGACUGAAACACAAUGGCUACACUUUCUCUAGUUGAGGUUUGGCUUUCUCUGCAUUUUUUUUCUUCUUCUAUGAUGUCAGCCUCUAUCCUUGUUAAUACACCCUUGUAGUUCACACAAGAUCCAUGAGAUCUGGUGGCACCUGCAAGCCCUUGUCCAGAACUGAUCCAUUGAGGCACCAGGGAGAGUUUUUAGAUCUUCCUGUUUGAAUCUGUCACGCUGUAAGCUGUUGGGCCAGAUGGGACUGCUUGUGUACCCACCUAUGUGGUCACAGCUACAGCUGUGGCAAAGGAAACACCUGGUAACACAGGAAGGGGAGGGAGAGGCUCCCUGGUGGAUGUCCUGGGAUGCUCUCAUCUUGUAUAACCAGCAGAGCACUCUCUGCCAUCUGCAGCAGACGCUUCAUGAUAGAGUCAUGAGUGCCUUCUAGAGGAAGCUGGGCAAGGGAUCUUCUGGCAACCUGGUGAGGCUGGGUCUCCCAUUCACAUCUGGAAAUCCGGCAGGGUCUGGAGGGACGGGAUAAGACGGCCCAGCUCUUUUCUCUUUCUCUGACAUGUCUGAUGGGUCAAAAUGAAGCUGCCAUCCAGAUGUUAGAAUUGGAGACUUUUCUUUAGGCUCAAAGCAAACCAGUGGUUUCUCUUAUGCUCCAAUGAGGCCCCUACGGAAGCCUGUUACUCAGAGAUAGCUUUGGUCAACUCAGUCCUCAGAGAUGGCUACAGACUGUGGUCAGCUCCACCUUAUAGUCUAACUCUUCAAAGAAAUCUCCAAGCCCAAUGGUCAAGGUUGUCGACCAUGUGUCAAGCUGUGUAGGGAAACUGCCUGGAGAUGGACAUUCUGGACUGCUAAUGGGGACAUGGGACGGCAGUUACCUCUGAUCACUUGCGUGGAUUCUCCUGGAGCAGAAAGACAGAAGCCGCCAGUCACUCGUCCGGAUCUAGCACUGGGAUUCUGUGCUGAAGGGUCUAAAAACUCGUUUUGAUUUGGAUCUGGGAGAAUGUCUGAGCAAGGAGAACUAACCCCGACCAUACUGGAAGAAGGGCGGACAGAGCCAGAAUCUGCCCCAGAAAAUGGCAUCCUCAAGUCAGAAAGUCUGGAUGAGGAGGAGAAGCUGGAACUGCAGCGGCGACUGGCAGCUCAGAACCAAGAGAGAAGAAAAUCCAAGUCAGGAGCAGGUAAAGGGAAGCUGACCAGAAGUCUUGCUGUCUGUGAAGAGUCUUCAGCCAGACCUGGAGGGGAAAGUCACCAGGAUCAGGAAUCAAUUCACUUACAGCUUUCCAGUUUCCCCAGCCUGCAAGAGGAGGAUAAAUCUAGGAAGGAUGACUCUGAGAGAGAAAAAGAAAAGGAUAAGAACAGAGAGAAACUCUCUGAGAGACCCAAGAUCAGAAUGUUAUCGAAAGAUUGCAGCCAAGAAUAUACGGAUUCUACAGGCAUAGACUUACAUGAGUUUCUAAUUAACACGCUGAAGAACAACUCCAGGGACAGGAUGAUACUCUUGAAAAUGGAGCAGGAAAUGAUUGAUUUCAUUGCUGACAGCAAUAACCACUAUAAAAAGUUCCCCCAGAUGUCAUCCUAUCAGAGGAUGCUGGUCCAUCGGGUGGCAGCGUACUUCGGGUUGGACCACAAUGUGGAUCAAACUGGAAAAUCUGUCAUCAUCAACAAGACCAGCAGCACCAGAAUACCAGAGCAAAGGUUUUGUGAACAUUUAAAAGAUGAAAAGAGUGAAGAAUCCCAGAAGCGGUUUAUCUUGAAGCGAGAUAACUCUAGUAUUGAUAAAGAAGACAAUCAGCAGAACAGAAUGCACCCAUUUAGAGAUGACAGACGAAGUAAAUCAAUUGAAGAGAGAGAAGAGGAAUAUCAGAGAGUGAGGGAGAGAAUAUUUGCACACGAUUCAGUUUGCUCCCAGGAAAGCCUAUUUUUGGAUAACAGUAGGCUCCAGGAAGAUAUGCACAUAUGCAAUGAGACCUAUAAGAAAAGACAGCUCUUUCGGGCUCACCGAGACAGCUCAGGAAGAACUUCCGGGAGCCGGCAGAGCAGCUCAGAGACUGAGCUCAGGUGGCCAGACCACCAGCGAGCCUGGAGCAGCACAGAUUCUGACAGCUCCAACCGCAAUCUGAAGCCCACCAUGACCAAGACUGCAAGUUUUGGGGGCAUCACGGUGCUGACCAGGGGCGACAGCACAUCCAGUACUAGGAGUGCUGGGAAACUGUCCAAAACAGGUUCUGAGUCUUCCAGCAGUGCAGGCUCCUCAGGAUCACUGUCCCGCACCCACCCGCCUCUGCAGAGCACAGCCCUGACCUCUAGUGUGGCAGCUGGCUCUCCUGGCUGUAUGGCCUAUUCAGAGAAUGGAAUGGGGGGCCAGGUUCCUCCCAGCAGCACCAGCUACAUCCUCCUCCCACUUGAAAGCGCGACUGGCAUCCCACCUGGAAGCAUCCUUCUUAAUCCACACACAGGUCAGCCCUUUGUGAACCCGGAUGGAACUCCUGCGAUAUACAACCCUCCCGGAAGUCAGCAGACGCUGCGUGGCACUGUCAGUGGGCAGCCUCAACAACCCCCACCACAGCAACCGUCUCCUCAGCCUCAGCAGCAGGUCCAGGCAUCACAGCCUCAGAUGACAGGGCCACUGGUCACUCAGUCUGUCCAGGGCCUGCAGCCAUCUUCCCAGUCUGUGCAAUAUCCAGCGGUCUCUUUCCCUCCCCAGCAUCUCCUGCCUGUGUCGCCAACGCAGCACUUCCCCCUGAGAGAAGAGAUGGCUGCGCAGUUCAGUCAGCUGAGCAUGAGCAGGCAGUCCUCGGGAGACACUCCUGAACCUCCCUCUGGUCCAGUCUACCCAGCCUCCCUCAUGCAAGCAGCUCAGCCACCAAGCUACGUCAUCACUUCUGCAGGCCAGCAGCUCUCCACAGGGGGUUUCUCGGACUCUGGCCCGCCCAUCUCCCAGCAGGUCCUGCAGGCCCCGCCCUCUCCCCAGGGAUUUGUACAGCAGCCUCCACCUGCGCAGAUGUCCGUAUAUUACUACCCAUCUGGUCAGUACCCUACCUCAACCACACAGCAGUACCGACCCCUGGCCUCAGUCCAGUACAGCGCUCAGAGGAGUCAGCAAAUACCACAGACCGCGCAGCAAGCAGGUUACCAGCCAGUCUUGUCUGGUCAACAGAGCUUUCAAGGCCUGAUGGGAGUACAGCAGUCAGCUCACAGCCAGGGGGUGAUGAGCAGUCAGCAAGGAGCCCCGGUGCAUGGUGUGAUGGUCUCCUACCCAACCAUGUCUUCUUAUCAGGUGCCAAUGACCCAAGGUUCUCAAGCAGUGCCCCAGCAGACAUACCAACCGCCAAUCAUGCUGCCCAGUCAGACAGGCCAAGGGUCACUCCCAGCCACCGGAAUGCCUGUGUACUGUAACAUCACACCGCCAAGCCCUCAGAACAACCUAAGGUUGAUGGGUCCACACUGCCCCUCCAGCACGGUUCCUGUCAUGUCUGCUAGCUGCAGAACAAACUGUGGGAGCAUGAACAACGCUGGCUGGCCGGUCAAGUUCUGAGAGUGCUCGGGCUGCCCGCGGUACACUUCAUCAUAUGUUAACUCAUGGCCUUCAAAGGAAGAGGAGACUUCGACAGCUGGCUGAGGACUUCCAUAUACAUUGCUGCUGGUAUUCUGUACAAACUAAUCAAAGACUAAUACAUUAGCUGGUUAAUGGUGCAUAUUUCUGUCAUGUCUGCUAGGUAUGCCUUUCUAGCUUAGCUAGGGACAUGAAUUCAUCAAGGUAAGAUUUUCUCCUACCAUGAAUACCACUGUGUAGAUUACAAUAUCCCUGAUUCGGAUUAGUUUUGUACUUUGUGUUCAGUUUGUGAUGCUAAAAGUAUUUAAAUAUAUAUAUAUAUAAACUAAAUCACACGGUACCAAAGCUGUAACGGAACAAAAGGAAAGAGUUGAGGAAUGGAAGGAAUAAUUUAUAUACACUAUAGAGUUUUCUUUUUUAAAUGGAUAUAUAUGGUAUUGUAGUGUUUAACGCAAAUAAAAGCUUAUUUGACCUUACGGAGGAAGGUCAUGUUUUUACCACCA